GUGCGGCGGCCCUGGAACCUGGAUACCGCGCGAGGCAAGCUGCGCGCGGGCGGGCGGGCUAUGGCGCAGGCGGGUUGCGGGGCCGGCGCUGGUGGCGGGGCCCGGUGCAUGGCGGUCUGUCGGCGGAGUCGCCCUCGGGGGCUGUCAGAUUUGUGACCCAGAAGGAAGUCUCUGACCUCAGCUGUGGCUCUCGGUGCUGGCCAGAAGCCAACUUCAUGUCUGAGUGCACGAGCAGCAGUUUGCCAUGGAGAGCUUGGGGCUGCAGACGGUGACCCUCAGUGAUGGGACGACAGCCUACAUCCAGCAAGCUGUCAAAGGAGAGAAGCUGCUUGAAGGGCAAGUGAUCCAGCUUGAGGAUGGGACCACAGCAUACAUUCACCAAGUGACAGUACAGAAAGAAUCUCUCUCCUUUGAGGAUGGACAGCCUGUACAACUGGAAGAUGGCAGCAUGGCCUACAUUCACCGUACACCCAAAGAGGGCUAUGACCCCAGCGCCCUGGAAGCCGUCCAGCUGGAAGACGGCUCCACUGCCUACAUUCACCACCCCGUGGCUGUGCCGUCCAACAGCACCAUCCUUGCUGUGCAGACAGAGGUGGGCUUGGAGGACCUCGCAGCAGAGGACGACGAGGGCUUCAGUGCAGACACAGUGGUGGCCCUGGAGCAGUACGCCAGCAAAGUUCUGCAGGACAACCAGGCUCCCCUGAAUGGCAAAGGGCAGCAGGCUGGAGACCGGGCGUUCCGCUGUGGCUACAAGGGCUGUGGGCGGCUCUACACCACCGCACAUCACCUGAAGGUGCAUGAACGAGCUCACACGGGUGACCGCCCCUACAGGUGUGACUUCCCCAGCUGCGGAAAGGCCUUUGCCACAGGUUAUGGGCUGAAGAGCCACGUUCGCACCCACACUGGUGAGAAACCUUACAAGUGCCCAGAGGAGCUGUGCAGCAAGGCCUUCAAGACCUCAGGAGACCUGCAGAAGCAUGUCCGCACCCACACCGGUGAACGCCCGUUCCGGUGCCCUUUUGAGGGCUGCGGCCGCUCCUUUACCACGUCUAAUAUCCGCAAGGUCCAUGUGCGCACCCACACAGGCGAGCGGCCCUACACCUGCCCCGAACCCCACUGUGGCCGUGGCUUCACCAGUGCCACCAACUACAAGAAUCACGUGCGCAUCCAUACAGGGGAGAAGCCAUACGUUUGCACCGUGCCAGGCUGUGGGAAGCGCUUCACCGAGUACUCGAGCCUGUACAAGCACCAUGUGGUGCACACGCACUGCAAGCCCUACACCUGUAGCACCUGCGGCAAGACCUACCGGCAGACCUCCACCCUGGCCAUGCACAAGCGCAGCGCCCACGGCGAGCUGGAGGCCACGGAGGAGAGCGAGCAGGCCCUCUAUGAGCAACAGCAGCUGGAGGCCGCCUCUGCAGCCGAGGAGAGCCCGCCACCCAAACGACCCCGCAUUACUUACCUUUCGGAGGUGAAAGAAGAGGGUGACGACAUCCCAACCCAGGUGGCCAUGGUGACUGAGGAAGACGGGGCUGCCCAGGUGGCUCUCAUCACUCAGGAUGGCGCCCAGCAGGUCAGCCUCUCCCCAGAGGACCUGCAGGCCCUGGGGAGUGCCAUCAGUAUGGUGACCCAGCACGGCGGCACCACCCUCGCCAUCCCCAGUCAUGACGACGACCUGACCACAUCUGGCACGCACACGGUCACCAUGGUCAGCGCCGAUGGCACGCAGACGCAGCCCGUCACGAUCAUUACUUCUGGGGCUGUGGUGGCUGAGGACUCAAGUGUAGCUUCCCUUCAUCACCAACAGGUGGCGCUACUGGCCACAGCCAACGGAACCCACAUUGCAGUGCAGCUGGAGGAGCAGCAGACCUUAGAGGACGCCAUCAGUGUGGCCACUGCUGCCAUGCAGCAAGGGGCCGUGACCUUGGAGACAACCGUGUCGGAGAGUGGCUGCUGAGCCUGAGGCCUGGAUCCCGCACCGUGCUGGAGGAGGUGCCAUGCUGCACAGGCAUCCUUGCCUCCGCGGGCCCCAGCUGUGGCUGACACCGGGGAGGUGGCCACACAGAUCUCUGGGGCGAGAAGGCCGCAGGAGAACAGCCUAAGUGAAAGGGAUGGCGCCUGCCCAAGAGGGAGGCCAGAAGGCUGGAAUCGGGGGAGUGUGUCAUGAUAGGAGCUAAGAAGAGCCUUCCCCUCGAAGUCAGCUGGGCACCCACCGUCCGCCCUCCAGAGGAAACCCUUCCUGCCCUCGGUUCACCUCCCUUCUCAGGUGGAGAUUGGGUGGCUGUGGGGCUGGCCCUCCACCCCAGCUGAUCACGGCCCACCAGGGGGAGAGCAGACAGCUCUUCAGCCCAGUAGGGGCAGGACAGGCGCAGCCUGGCCCCACUCCGCCCCCAGCAAUAACCACCCCAACCCCACCCCCCAGAGGCCAGCCGAGAUACCUGGCCACUUGGCACCAGGGACUUCCUGCCACCACAGUCAGAUUAAUUCCUCAGGGGCCUGUGGCUGGAGAAAAGGUGCCCAGCCCUCACCACCCCCAACUGCCCCCGGCCAGAGAGGCAGGGAGCAGCCCUGUAUAUAGACUGCUGGGGAUUGGGUUGAAUUUGUUUUGUUUUGUUUUUUAAAUUCCAUUUUGAUAAUUUGUUUUUCCUGCUGUGGGUGGUGGUGGCAAAUGGGUGAAUGAGUAUUUAAUAAAAGUUCCCAAGUUUC